CGCAUAAAAGCGGUACGACGAGCGGCGCGCGCGCCAUUCGCUCACAGACCGUCGCGCGCGCACCAAUGAUCCUACCCGCCCGUACUAUGUCGCCGCCGCACGGCGCGUUCCACCCGCCCGCGCACGCGCAACCCGACGAGGAACCCGUCUCCCGAACUUACCAAUACAGAAAAGUCAUGAAGCCCAUGCUAGAAAGGAAAAGGAGGGCACGCAUCAACCGCUGCCUCGACGAACUCAAAGACCUUAUGGUUACCGCCCUACAAGCAGAAGGAGAAAAUGUCUCCAAACUGGAAAAGGCAGACAUCCUCGAACUCACCGUCCGACACCUCCACAGCCUCAAAAGGAGAGGCCAGUUAGUGCUCAAACCAGAAAUGUCAUACGCAGAACGUUUUCGUGCUGGAUUUACUCAGUGUGCAACAGAAGUGUCUCAGUUUAUUGCAAAUGCUACGUUAGCUGCAAACGCUAUGCAGCGCCAAGGUCCAGUGGAUCCCCAAGCUGGAGCGAGGCUGCUGCAGCACCUCAGUAAUUGUAUAAGGAGGUUGGAGAAUCCUCAAGUGGUGCAGCCCCAGCCGAUUACACCUAGUGGGGUUGCGAGACCGACGCCUCUGCAGCCGAUCGCGCCUAAGCCAGCCCAGCACCAGCAGGCCGUGGUCCAAAGAACAUCGUUACCAGAGCGAGGGCUGAAGAGGCUGGCGGAGCCGAUGGACUCGGAAGCGGCGCUCGCGAAGCGUGCGUACGCGCCGCCCUCGCCGCCGCACAGCCCCGCCUCUGAGCCGGACUCCGCCCAGUCGAUGUGGCGGCCCUGGUGACUGCUGCUCAGCUCCUCGCAUGGACGUGUGACAACGUGUGAUAAUCAUUUAUGUUGUUGUUUGUUUCUAUUAACGUUCCUAGAACUCAAGUGUGUUAACGAAUUAUGGGUUGUUCUCGCUUUGCUUGUUGAAGUUUUACUUUUUUAUUAAUUUAAAUAAAUUAAGGUUUUUUUGUUCAGUAGUAAUCUGUUAUUUUUGUAUUCCUAACUUCAACGUCUUCCGCGUCGGUAAAGCAUUUACUUGUCCGUUUAAGUACCACGUAGCGUAGUUAGCACCUAAGUUUACUGUGAUAAAUAGUUAUCUUUUGAUAGGACUUGUUAGGUUAGCGAAAUCCUAGAGGAUGUUUACUGUAGGCUAAUGAGAAGAUAAUAAACAAUGUUUGCAGGAA